AUGAUAGCUGAAGGCUCUGGUAGGUUGUUUAUUGUUCCACUUGCCAUAUUCUUGUUAGCAUUUGUAUUUGAUUCCAACCCUUUACUAGAGAGCAAGCGAGAUCCUAAUUGCAUUGAAAGUGGCGUGUCUUCUGCUUCUAACGCUUGUAUAUCGUCAGCGACAAGGGUUAAAUUUAAAAGUGAAGGUAACUUUGUGAAACUGAAUAUUAAUGGUUAUGGAAGGAAAAAGUUCAAAUCAGGGAAGCACAGGAAUCUUGGAAGUUCAUCACUUGGGCGUCAAAGAUUUUCCAGAAGACGUAAGAGGAAAUUUGGAGUUGAAAAUAAAGGAGAAGGAGAAGUGGGCGGAUUAUGUGAUGAAGAUGAUCAUGUUUUGGAGAUUAAACGCGUGCAGAAAAUAUCUAGUUUUGAUAUCGGUACAAUUGAAGAGGCUGUGAUGAGGGUACGAGAUGAGGCAUCAGAUGAGAAUUUACUAAGGUUAUUGAAAUUAAGUCAUGGCUAUGAUUCAUUCAGGAAUGGGCAAUUGGAGGCUAUUAAGAUGGUGCUUUCUAAGAAAUCAACCAUGUUAAUUUUACCAACUGGCUCUGGGAAGUCUUUGUGUUAUCAGGUGCCAGCGUUAGUUUUGCCAGUUACCCUUGUCGUUAGUCCAUUAGUCGCUUUGAUGAUUGAUCAGCUCAAACACCUACCUCCUACUAUUCCUGGUGCUCUCCUGUGUAGCAGACAGACACCAGAAGAGGCUUCCGAGGCACUUAAGUUAUUAAAGAACCAAACAAUAAAGGUACUCUUUGUUUCACCAGAGAGGCUUUUAAAUGUCGAAUUCACAUCCAUAUUUUCUGGCAUUUCUUUAAUAUCACUUGUUGUGAUUGAUGAAGCCCACUGUAUAUCGGAAUGGUCACACAAUUUCCGGCCUUCCUACAUGAGGCUAAGGGGAUCAAUGUUGCGUGCUAAGCUUCAUGCUGAUUGCGUUCUUGCAAUGACUGCAACUGCAACAUCCAAAACGUUGCAUAAUGUGAUGCAUGCUUUAGAAAUUCCUGCAACAAAUCUAAUCCAGGCUGUCAAAAUGAGGGAAAAUCUGCAAUUAUCUCUGUCACAGACUGGAAAUAGAAUGAAAGAUCUAAUGACAUUACUCAAAUCUUCUCCCUAUGUGGAGAUAAAAAGCAUAAUUAUUUACUGCAAAUUUCAGUCUGAAGCUGACCUGAUAAGCAGAUAUCUAUGUGACAACAAUAUCUCAGCUAAGAGUUAUCAUAGCUCUAUCCCUGCAGAAGAUCGACGUCGUAUACAGGAAAUAUUUUGUUUGAACAAGAUAAGGGUGGUUGUUGCAACUGUGGCUUUUGGCAUGGGACUUGAUAAAAGGGAUAUUGGAGCUGUAAUACAUUACAGCUUACCAGAAAGCUUGGAAGAAUACGUUCAGGAGAUAGGCCGUGCUGGACGUGAUGGAAGAUUGUCGUAUUGCCAUCUUUUUGAUGAGGCUACCUACUUCAAGAUGCGUAGUCUUAUGUACAGUGAUGGUGUAGAUGAGUAUGCUGUGAAGAAGUUCCUUUGUCAAAUUUUCAGUAAUACAAAUUCAUCAGGCAAAAUUUGUUCAAUAAUCAAGGAAUCUGCAUCUCGGAAAUUUGAUAUCAAAGAAGAGGUGAUGCUUACAAUUUUAACUCAGUUGGAAUUGGAUGACCUGCAAUACCUGAACUUGCUUCCACAGAAAGUUACUUGCACUUUAAAUUUCCAUCAGACUUCCCCAUCUUUGCUCGCAAAUAAAGAUAUUGUAAUUGCAGCAAUUUUAAAGAAGUCUGAACUGAAAGACGGGCAGUAUGUGUUUGACAUACCAAGUACAGCAAAUAGCAUCAGAUGGCAGGCUACUGACUUGUCGAAUCAUUUGCAGAGUCUAAAGUUGAAGGGAGAGAUUACAUAUGAAUUGAAGGAUCAGGCAUUUUGCUAUAGAAUUGUGGAUGUGCCGAAUGAUGUUUGUUCUUUGGCAGCAACUAUUACAAAGUGGUUAUCAGAUGUUGAGAUCUAUAAGGUUCGGAAAUUAGAUGCAAUGUUCAAUGCUGCGGUCUUUGCAGUAAAACAGUGUAAUAAAGUGGAUGGAUGUAAUGACCAUCAACAUACUUGCUUACAAAGGAAGAUUUUCGAGUACUUCAACAGCAAUGAUGAUGAUAUCCCCAAUAUCAUGGCUGAAAGCAGCCGCUUUCUGAGAGCCGACAUAAAGGUGUUUUUGCAGAGUCAUUCACAGGCAAAAUUUACCCCCAGGGCUGUUGCUAGGAUAAUGCAUGGCCUCGCCAGCCCAGCCUUUCCUUCUGCAACUUGGUCAAGAACUCAUUUCUGGGGAAGAUACACGCAGGUAGACUUUAAAGUGGUAAUGGAAGCAGCAAGAGCAGAGCUCAUGAAAUUUGCUUCUCCUAGUGUCGUCUAAAUGUUUCCCCAGUAACCGAAGGAAGCCUUCUGCACCGCCUAGUUGUCUCUAAUGGCAUUCAAUUCAAGAGCCAGGGACUCGAAACAUUUUGGUCGACUGAGUUCACGAUACAAGCCUGGUGCAUUCAAGCUGUCUCUGCCAGAAGAAUAGUAAGAUUAAGUAGAUUAUUGGUCAUCAGGUCAGUUCGGACGAUACAGACAUUAUGACUGAUUUUUGAACCAAGAACCUGAAAAAUGCCGGUGGGAACGCCUUUGCGAUUGCACCAGAGGCAUGAGAAGCUAGUCAUUUUUUGAAGCUGAGGAUGGAAUGGGGUGCAAAUGACCUGGAGAAAUCUGAGGCCUGCAUUUGAUUAUUGAACUCGCUGUCGGAGACUUUCCCGCAUUAAGGUUGCUGCAGUGGAAUGUUUGAUUUUUUAACCUUAGCAAUUGUUUGAUGCAUUUUUUAUGCAGAUAAAUAUCCGGCUUAGUUUUUUUUUUUUUUUUUGUCGAAAUUUUUUGUCACGAUGUUAUCUA